AUGAAUCCUCACCUCGGAGACUACCAGGAACGUCCCAGUAUCGAUCUCGGCCGCGCAACUCCUGCCUCACCCACUCAUCCCGUCAAUGCCACUCCCUUGGUUGCCAUACCCUCCCGCAACAAAUCUCAGCGGAAAACCGACGAAGCGUGGGCGAAGUACUUCACGGGCGAAAAAGCAGAUCCCGCCGCAGAAUACAAGCAGCCAUCCCCACCACCAGCACAAGUACGCCACACAAGAUCACGUAGCGGCGGCAGCGGCGGUUUCUGGCCCGGCUCCGGCGCCCCCACCGGCCCAGUCGCACCCAAAUUCGCCUUCCGUGACUCGGCCGGCAACACCCUCCAAACCCGCUCCGUCGGCACCUCCUCGCCGCGCUCGACCGGCCCCCAAGAACCCAGCACGCGCCACUACGCCGCCGCAGCGCCCAAAACAGGCCGCAUCUCCAACGCCAACUCCCUCAGCAGCAACGGCGACAGCGAGUACGAAGACCAAGAAGUCGAUCCAGCCUUCUCCUCCGGCAUACCUGCCAGCGUGCAGGGCGGGCAUCAACGCGACACAUACUCCGGAAACUGGACCGUUACGGGUCCCAACGGGCAGCGGAUCAGGUCCGAGUAUAACCCACCUCCGACGGCGUUUACGACGAACUCGAGUGGAGGUAAGAGUACGAGUACGGGGAGUAGUGGGCUGGGCGCGACGAUUUCGAAUUUUCCGAUGCCAAGUGGGCAUACGACGCCGGGUGGUGGGAUUGUGAGUCAGGUGCAGCAUCCGGCGGCGAGCCAUCAGCGGAGUACGAGCAGGCAGGGGUUGACGAGUGGGUACUUCCCUCCUGGUGCGCUGCACCAAGGUGAGCAAGAGAGGAGUGGUGUCAACACGGACGAAGUGGACCGGUUCUCCUUUGUCAACAGCAGCGGCAAAUCAGCCAAUCAUCCCAACGCAGCUGAGCUGGAUGCCUCAGACGACGUUGAGAUGACAAACAUGCGGCCCGACAUGCUCUACAAGUACCUCCUGGACGAGGUCGGGCGAAAACAGCCGAAAGUGGUAAUCAAGCGGAACAACAACAGUUCGGACGGCGCAGGGGCAGUUGCUUUGUUGGAAAUAAUGGAUGGCUACGACGAUGGCAGCGGUGCUGCAGUUGGCGCGACGGGAGAACUGGUCAGCAAGAACACAGGAUUGCGUCUCAGCAACGCAGCUGAAGUCAGAGGAGCAAUGAAGGUUUUGUUGGCGCGGGCAAGGACUGAGAAGCAUGUUCAUAACAAGGGACGUGGGCGGCAGACUACUAGGGCAGACAUCGACCUACACAGUCCAUUGCCCGUCGCGGCGGUCCAUACAAGCGAAGAUGGCAGUCUGCCACCAACACCGCACCUUCCAGCGUUCGCGGCAACGAAGGUUGCAAGGCAUGAGCUGCUGCGAAGAACCACUGGAGCUGAGGAUGAGAAGAGGUUGACGAUGUGA